GAUGAUUUGGUAUUUAGGUAUGUGUAUAAUUAAAUAUACCAAGCUGAGUUAUUGGGAUUCAUUAAUAUAGAUCGAAACAUAAAACUUGAUUAAUAUUAAAAUCAUCCGUCUUAUGCAGGCAAUUUUAUUAGAUUUGGAUUUGAUGGAAUUGUUGGGGAAUAUGUUUCAACAGUAUGCUAAACAUUUUUAUUUGCAUUGGCUUUAUACUUCACUCUAUCAUGCUCAUCUUAUUAUUACUUUUUCAAAAAGAAUAAACAAUUGUAUUUACCAAAAUUAAAUGCUAAAUUCUUUAUCUACUAUGACAUCAAAUGGUCCAUCAUAAACAUGUUUUUUGAGACUUUCCUAGUCUCUAUAAUAAGAGUUGCAUAACCAAGAUUCAGUUUAAUGUAUUAUAAUAUAAGUGAUUAUGGAUAUUGGUAUAUUCCUAUAAGUAUAAUUUUACAUGUUGUAUAUGACGAAACAUUAACGUAAGAUAUUAUCAUAAUAACUAGAUAUUGGGUACAUAGAUGGCUUCAUACAUAUCCUUAUCUAUACAUUAAAUUACAUAGAAUCCAUCAUUUUUCAAAAGACAUUACACCAUUUAGUGGAUUUGCAUUUCAUCCAUUAGAUGCAUUUGCUUAAGCAGUUCCUUUGUUCACGUCUUGUUUUCUCUUUCCCAUUCACAUGAAUUUAUUCCUUUUCUUUGGUUUAUGUACAACCUCUUGGGUAAAUUUAUAUAUUUAUUAAAAUCAAGGCUAUUUCAAUUCAUGAUAAUGUUCCAGCUUUACCAUUUAAGUUUUUAUUAUAUAGUACACAUCAUACUAUUCAUCAUGAACCAGGAUUAGGUGGGAUGAAAAAUUUUGGUAAAUUCACAUCAGUUUGGGAUAGAAUAAUGGGAACUUAUGAAGAACCAGAUAGAAUCAACUUUGGAUGGAAUAAAUAAAAAGAACAAUUAGAUAAACUCAAAAAAGUCAAUGAUUUAUAUGAGUCUAUCCUUCCUAGUGAUUUGAAUAAGAUUAAGAAAAAUAAAUGAA